AUCGGGAUGCUGACGGUACAACAUCUUUCGCGCAUGGUAUUGGUAUUUGCCGAGACGACAUGCAGGUGUGUGAAUCCAUGCCAGGCACUCCCUCCCGGCGGCAAUUGGCACUUGGUGAGUAAGUAAGCAAACCAACCAACCAUCCGUCCCUCAUCCAGUUUGUGCCUAUAGGCACAAGCCGCACAGCCAGGUCUUACGCAACAAGCCCACUGUCUGCCUAUUGAUGGAUGUCUCUAAGCGUUCUCUGCUUUUCCUUGUGCCUGAGCUGCGUCCUGGUACGGGGCAGCUUCAUGUGAACCUUUAGGACGGCGCUUGCGGCAAAGUCGUCCGGUAGUGGGGGCAGCUUCUGCGUCCCCUUGCGCAUCUCCUCCUCGCGAAUCGAUAAGACGCUCAUAGACGACCAGAAAUCCUUGUUGUAUCUCAUAUGCGCCACGCACUCACGCAUCUGCAUCGACACCAUCCAUACCCACGGACAACGUGUACAUGUUUUUCCAGGAAUGUCACCUGCGGAAUAAUCUCGCUCAUCGCAUUGUACAGCGGGGCUAUGAUGACAUCGAUGAAGCCACACUGAGACCGCGCGAUGUUUGUUGUCCCUCUAUGUGGAAGAAUCAGAGAGCCAAUAGGGAGAUCAUCGGGAAUCCCGUCUGACUCUCAUCAUCUUCCCCUCUGCUCUCACCGGUUCAUCAGCGGCGAGAUUGGCAGACCGAGAGCCUUUUCCCUGUCACCUACAUCAGCAAGACACUCCCCAUCUAGUCAACCCACAAUCUCAUGAACAGCGGGCGGUUUUGAACCUUACCUUGUGCAAAGAACUCUUGUAUCACUACCCGAUUCACAUCCGAUUCACAUCCGAUUCACAUCCGAUUCACAUCAAACCCGCUGGUCUCCUUCUCUCUGGCUUACCUUUGUCUGUCCACUGCAAGUACGGCGGCAGCGGCCGGCAGGGAUUGGAGACAUCAGCAGCGUGCACCACCAUGCUCAUGAUCAGCAAGCGGUCCUCGCGGCUGAGCUCUUGCUUGAGCCACUCUGCCAUACGGCGUUUCAACGGUAAGAAUGAGGACAAAAAGCUGCUGAUGUGUAGAUGCCCAUUCUUAGUGGAAUGAUGUGCUGGGCCCCUUCGGGUCUAAGCCCUCCUUCUCCUAAGCCCUCCUUGUCUCUAGGCCCACCUUCGUCCUUAGUCUUCAGCAGUCCGAGUUUCACAAAAUGCUGCGACAUGUCCGUAGCCAGCACCAUAUGGAUGAUUGCCUCGCGCACUAAAGCAUCCAGCAAAGAAGAAUACAUAUGUGUAGCACACAGGGCGUAUGAUGCAUAUAGGCCGCAGUCCGCAGCUAUGGAGUAUGUGGCCACUGGCGUGUGCUUGAAAAUGUUGUACUUAGACUGUUGCAUGAGCUGGAAGACUGCGGCGAUAUGGUGGCUCUCUAACACGGCCUUGUCUGUCGCGCAAAGGAGACAUGAUUCAUGUGCAUACCACACGCAUUUUUGAGCGUACCAUUGUAGAGGAUCGCGAGCGGGUCAUUGGUCUUGAUAAGGAAAUUGUUGCUUACUCCAGGAUGAUCUGAAUACCCAUCGUUAACACACAGACAGCGCGCAUGCACAGGAGCAUCGUAUGUCAUGCCAUUGCUACCGUAGUCGUGUAUGGCCGCUGAGAAGAUCACGGUGAAGAGCUCAACCUAAGGUAUACGACAGGAAACGAACACGCCAAGGUCACAAUGCAGAGGACGAGAGGCGGCUUGGCAAAAUGUAUUGAAUACAUUCGUAAAGAACUUUGAAGGGCUUUCAGCUGCUCGGUAGCCUCGUGAAGCCCUCUAUCUAGAGGGCUUUGACGACGAGUGAUUUGAGUGAUUUGAGUGUAUGCCUUGAUGCAGCUAUCAAUUCUCGUCAGUCAGUAUCUCAUCAGUCAGACACACGUGGCAGUACUACUAUGCUGUACAGCUAUUUGGCGCUGGCCAGCAUCCUUUGAGCCGCUGUCAACUCCUGCAACACACGCACCCACAUGCCAUUCAUUUCAUUCACACCAUACCUACCAAACCGUAUGUGUGGUCGCCCUGACCCGCCCCAUCUACCUCUUCGAGUGCUUCCUUUGUGCCGCCAAGCAGCUCGAACCAAAUCUGCCGGAUUUUUUUUUGGAUUUUGUCUGGCGCCUCGGCGAGAUCUUGCAUGGCGGUGUGUUCGGGAUGCGAAAAAAAGGCAUUGGGCUGGUCUGUGUUAUCGUCCAAGGCAAGGCUCCCUUCCACUCUGGCGACCAUCGUGCCACCAUCCGCCACGCCCUCACCAAGAGCAAGCAGCAGCGAGACGUCGCCCACAAAACCAAGAGGGAGGCCGCCCUGCCGCACAUCGACCGCCGGCGCCAUCGCGUCCUCUCCCGCAGCGCCGAAUACAAGACGUCCGGCUGGCUG